AAUUUUGUAAUCAUCUUGACAAGCAAGUGUUUUAAUUGUUGCUUUAUUUAUUUAAUUACACAAAAUGGCUAGCGACGCAGUUUUUAAAUAUUUAACUGAUACGAACAGACCGUAUUCUUGUGCAGACAUAACAGUUAAUUUACGAGGUACUUAUUCGAAAACCGUAGUACAAAAAGCUCUUGAUAGUUUGAGUGAAUUAGGUAAAAUACGUUGUAAGUUAUAUGGAAAACAGAAGGUAUAUGUAGCCAUACAAACGGACAGUGAAAAAGUUAGUGAUACGGAAGACUACGACUCCCAAAUCGCAAAUCUGACGAAAAAACUCGAAGAGACAAAAUCAUCACUAAAAACCUCCGAGAAUAACCUCAAAAGCCUCCUAUCCGCGCCAACAAACGAACGCGCCAAGUCGCAGGUCGAGGAAAUUAAAAAUAAUAUAGUAAAAUUAGAAAACAAGUUAUCCGAUUUACGUAACACCACCCAAGUCGUUAGCGUCGACGAGAAAAAACAUAUAUUGAAUGAACAUGAAUAUUAUUAUAAGGAAUACAGAAAGCGAAAGAGAAUCUGUUCGGAAAUGAUUGAAGCCGUUCUCGAAGGUUACCCAAAAUCAAAGAAGACAUUUCUAGACGAACUGUGUAUAGAAACCGACGAGACUGUUAACUUCAAACUGGUUUCGAAACAAUAAAAACAAUGGAAUAAAACGUUGAUUUAUAAUAAAAGAAUAAAAAAAGAAUUAAAUCGUAAAUUUUAUGAUCAAAUAUUAAAAAUACGAAUAUCUGAGAUUGAUUUGUGAAUUUUAUUAUGUUUUGCACAAAUAAAUUUGUCUUCAACACA